AAUUCGUACAGUAUUGAUACAUGUAUGACCUUGGUGUGGAAGGUGGUUGGCAAUGCGUAGGAGGACGUUCUAUGCGAUCGUCUCUCUAGCGCUGUUAUCGUGGGCUGGCUUAACAUUUCACCUUUUUCUGCAGCGACCUCAGGGCAAGAAUUGUUCUUGAAGCUGUUAGAGGUGUAUAACAUUCAUGCAGCCCAACAAGAUGGGAACAUUAUUCAGUACCUGUUCGUGUAACAUUCUAGCUCAACUUAUGACAGUGAGACUCAGAUUUUUUAUGUGCUCCAUCUAUGUGAUGUGUAUAAUUUCCUUCUACUUCUUGGUUGUUCAGCAGCUGUACAAGCAUCAAUUAAAAAACGAAGUACCUUGGUUGAGGGGUCUUGUAAAUGAAACACAACCGAUACAGCAGGUGCAUCGUUCCUCCAAAUUGAAUGAUCAGUUAGACUUAUUGGAACUAGAACUACAAAAACAACUUAGGUCAAAUGAAGAACUGCUGAUAAAACUACGUUCUUUGAAGAAGAAAAAUAUUGCUCAAGAAAAGGAUUCCAAGUCUGAAGAAAUUAUCAAGGAAAGCAACAGUACAUCAGUCAAACCCAGCCCGAUAAUUGGUGUAUUAGUUUUUUCAUGCAACCGAAUAACAAUUAAAAGAAAUCUAGACCAGUUAUUAAAGUACAGACCUUCAAAAGAACAGUUUCCUAUUGUAGUUAGUCAAGAUUGUGGUCAUGAACCCACUACAAAAGUUAUACAGUCUUAUGGGGAUCAACUUACUCUUAUACGGCAACCAGAUCAGAGUGACAUUCCAUUGGUUGGAAAAGAGAAAAAGUUUAAAGGAUAUUACAAGAUAGCCAGACAUUAUGGCUGGGCUCUUAAUAAAACAUUUCAUGGUUUUAAUUAUGAUACAAUGAUAAUAGUUGAAGAUGACUUAGACAUUUCUCCAGAUUUUUUUGAGUACUUUCUAGCUCUUUACCCAAUUCUUAAAUCAGAUCUAACACUCUGGUGUAUAUCUGCCUGGAAUGAUAAUGGAAAAAAUGGAAUGGUGGCUGAAAACCCUGAAAUUCUUCACAGGUCUGACUUUUUUCCUGGACUUGGGUGGAUGUUGACAAAGGAUUUAUGGCUAGAACUUCAAAACAAGUGGCCCAAAGCAUUUUGGGAUGACUGGAUUCGUCAACCUGCUCAAAGGAAGGAGCGUGCUUGUAUCCGCCCAGAAAUUUCGCGCACAAAAACGUUUGGAAAGGUUGGGGUCAGCAAUGGUCUGUUUUAUGAAAAACACCUGAAAUUUAUCAGACUAAAUGAUAAAUUUGUGCCUUUCACCCAGAAGGAUCUCAGUUAUUUGAAAAAGGACAAUUAUGAUGUGGAAUUUGUAAAGUUGGUGUAUGGGACUCCUGCAGUAACAGUUCAACAGCUAACAAAAGGGUCUUUGAGCCACUCUAAUCCAGUCAGAGUUACUUACACUUCUAAAGAUACAUUCAAAAAAGCAGCCAAAGCUCUAGGGAUCAUGGAUGAUUUCAAAUCUGGAGUGCCUCGAACAGGAUAUCGUGGGGUAGUAAGUUUUUUAUAUAAACGACGCUGGGUGUACCUUGCCCCUACAGCAGAGUGGAAAGGAUAUGAUUCAACGUGGAGUUAACAAGAAUUCCUGAACUUUGAUAUCAAGCUCUUGUGUUUGAAGCUUUAAAAGGCCUUGCUUUUUUUGCACUAAGAAAGUUGUUUCAUGAGAACUUAUUUUGAAUCUAACAUUGACAAGUUACCUGCAGAUUUUAACUGAACCAAAUCUUCACCUGAAUUACUCAGUAAAGACAAAUAUUAAGGCCAAAUUAGUGCCUUGGCAAAGUGGAUUAAACUGCUUGAAGCUACCAAAACCAUAACAAACUUGUAUCACAACUUGUGGUGAAUACAUUUACUGUGAUUGAAGUUAAGACUGGCUUGAACAUAAAGCAGUGAAAGUAGUUCUUUAAGGUCUGUGUGUAGAAGUUUUCAGAUCAUGAUGUGAGUACAUAUAUUUAACUGAAAAUACAUUUAUGACUUGAAUUCUCAUAUAUGCAUAAUUUUAUUUUAUGAGUUUUAAAUCCUUGUGCUGGGACGCAUGACAGGCAUGACAUUAGCGAUUAAACAUGAACUUGAUUACAUAAUGUUAGGUUCAAGAAUAUUCUGGUUGGGCUUGGUAAAAAAAUCAGCAUCUAAACAGUAGUGUGAGCCACAGCUCAGGGCAGACUAUUUACAGCUUUUUGGAUUGUAUGUUUUAAUCAUCUUAGCUAUUAAAAAUUUUUAACCAAGUAGGGAAUUUUCCAUUGCAAUCUCCAAAUGUUAUGCCUAUCAAAGCAUCCAGAACAGAGAUAAUAAACUCACUUAAAAUAAGGAUUACUUGGACUAUAAAUUUAUUUAAUAAAAAGUUUGUGUUUUGAUUUUCAUCAACUUCAAAUGAUCUGUAAAAUGUAGUUUUGUUUCUUUCAAAAAUACCAUCUGUGAUGAUUUUCUGAAACUAUGGUUAAACAAAAUUUCUUUUUUUUUGGUUGUUUAAUCACUUGUGACAUUAUAGGCUAGCUUAGAAAUAUAACUCUUGUGAUGUUUGGUAACAAUAAUAGAUUCUGAGCAUGCAUGUUUAAUAGUCAAUCAAUUUUAUGUUUUACAUAGAAUUUAUACCUUUAAACUGAUGAAAUUAAAAGACACGUCAUUUGAACAUUUCCAUAGACUGGUAAGAGAACAUUAUAAAUCAUAGCCUGCUUGAUUUAACAUACAUUAAUAACUUCAGAAUCUCGAAGGGGAUUUUUUGUAAACUUAAUCUUUCGAACAUGAUAAUAUUUUCAGAAUUUAUUCUCGUGAAUCACUUUUUACAGCAAAUGCUAAAUGUUUUUUGUUUAUAGCUGUUUAGGGAAAAACAUCUCAAAUUUAUGUUGAUACUCAGCACAGUAAUAUAGCUUAUUACACCUAAUGCUCAGAUAGCAAAUAAGCCUUCCAUUUUUGAUUUAAUAUUAAAAAAGAAUGGAUGCUUAACUUUAUAUGCAUAAUUUAUUUGCAUAGUUUAAAAUCCCUAAAUGAAAAAUAGUAAGGACUAAGUUAUUUCUGAACUACUUUCAGUUAUUUCCAUGCUAUUGAAAAGUUAAAUGUACUGUAUAAAUUUUAACUUAAUAAAUCCAUCAUUACGAUAUAUAAAUAUAUAUUUUAAUUUCCUGAUAAAGUUUCCCGACUUUAGAAAUUAGUUGUUCUUUUCUUGAAAACUUCUUACUUCCUUUUCCUAGAAUUGUAACUCUGUGCAAUUUAUUUUUUAGGACUAGAGUCAUCUAGCUUUGUCUUCUUAAUUUACUAUUAUUUUGUCGCUGCUUGCUUGAUGUGCAACUUCUAUACUGAAAGAAACUGUGUUGAUAUCAUUAAGUAGCAUUUCUUUUUUUAUGUGAGAUGUAUUUAAUCUGGAAAAUUGAGUGAGGUGUACACCAAAGAGUUUUCUGAAUCUGUAGUUAACAAGUUGUAUGUUUGACAUAGUGAACGUUUUUUAGCUUUUAAGUCUUAAAAAGGAAGAGGAUUUCUAUCUAGUUAUUUUAAAAUUGGAAAUUUGUCGUAGUGUAUUAGUAUAUAUAUGUGUGUGUGUGUGUGUGUGUGUGUGUCUGAAGGUAUAUUUUAAACAUUCAAAAAUCCUAUCAAAAGCUGACCAUCAACAAAAAGUCACUUUCAUGUUAGUUUCUAAUGAAGUUUUAUUACUCUUAUGUAAUUACUUUUAUUCAAGAUUUUAGUGAUAAAAAUGUACAAUGUUAUUUUUAAUAAUUUGGUGAUGUUAGAAGUUUAAGAAAAAUACUUUAAGGAGUAACGUAGGUAGAAAUAAAGUGUUCCAAAAAUUAAAUCAGAAAGAAUUGUUUAAAAUAUACAAAUGGUUAACUCCUACACUUAACCUACUGUCAUUUCUUUGUGCUUUGUUUAGACAAAGCAUUAAUUUUAUUUUUGCUAAACAUGGUCUUCAAAUUUAUUUUGCAACUCGGUAGAAGAGGUGAUAAAAUGAGUUUUAAAAUCAUAAAAUUAUUAGAAUAUGAUAUUUCAACACAACCUUUAAACUGCCAUUAUAACCUGAACAUGAAACUUCUGUACAAUAUUAUUUGUAAUAUAUGUUGAUAAAAAAAACAACAAAAAAACGCUUGCAUCAGAAUUGGUGAAGUUACUUUUGUUGACAUUUAAUACAGACCUAACAGGUUAUAGUAUCGUCAGUUCAAACAUCUAUCCAUAUUUAUUAAAAGCACAUUUCUGUUUAAUUCAACCAUUUGUAUGUGAUACUUUGACAAAUAUAAUAUUACAAGAGUUCCUGUAUUAUCGUAGCUUCAAGUUGGGUUUAACCAUAUCGCCAGCACAGUUUUCAUUACUAAGCAAUGUACUAGUGUUAAUAAUAUUUAUACAAGUAAACUUAAACUCCAGAAAAACAGCAGCUUGUUGAUCCCUCUAUAUUAGCAGUAAAUAAUUGCGUAUAUACAUAACCGUGUAUAAAACAGUCUUUGUUUAUUGCUAUUGUAAAAAAAAACUAUUCUAUUUAUCGUGUGUGUGUGUGUGUCCAAAAUUGUAGAAUUCAAUGACAAUAACAAAAAAAAAUUCAAAAGAACAAGUGUGCAGUUGAAAUUGGUUAAGUCUGUUUUAUCCAGCUACAAAUAUUGUUUACAAAGCCAUAAUUCGUAUUUAUUUUAUGCCACUUGCUGAGUGUGUUAACACUAAGGUUAUUUAUAGAUAGGAGUGUUUUUUUAUGUGUGCCAAAGUCAGAGAGAUUUGUGAAAUAAUUCUUAGAAUUAUUUUCCAGCGAUAAACGAUACCUUUUAUCAUUAUUUGUGUAUAGCGAUUCUGAAGUAAAUUCUGAUAAUAGUGAUAUUGAAUUAUUGUCGCCACAUGUAUUAGGUUACUUACCUAUAAUGUGUUGAACGGCAUCAGGAGAUUUUUAGGUGUUGUAGUGCUAGAAAUUUUUUAAUCGAAUUGCUUGAAGAACAUGCUGGUUUAUAGACGUUCAGAACACUCCUAUAAAAUUAUUUUAGUUUGUGGUUGGUUUUACAAGUUUACUUAAUUUUACCGAACUUCAUUAUAGAAAAUUCUACAUUUUAGACUUUGCACAAUUAAGAUCGUUGGCAUGCAUGUUGGUAUCUUAAUGAUCAUACACCAAUAAAACAGGUAACUUUGUACUUACUACUAGAAUAAGAGAAACAGAUUAUUGUAUCAUGAGUUGUUAAACUAGCGUUCAUUGUCUGUACAGAGGAAACAAUAAAAGUUGAUGUAUAAAAUCGUUUUGAAGUGACACAAGAAAGUGUGGUGUGUAGUCUAAGAAUUUUUUACUAGAUGAUUUUAUUUCUGCCACCUUGUGUAUGCCUGAUCAGUAUAGUAUGUGUUUUCAGAGUGAAUAAAUACCAUACCACGAC